CUCAGAAGGGAUAGACAGAGACAUUAUAAUAAGGCUUGAUGAGCAAUUCAAUUUUGGCAAUAUAUUGCUUUGAAUGGUUAGUUUUUUCGUGCUUUCAGAAUGUCAGACAAUCCUUCUGAGCCUAUACUUCCUGAAAACGUAAGCCACACCUACACCUACUGAUAAAUAAAUACAGAGCCAACUUUCAUUUCAGAUUAGACGCUUCAAAGGAAAGUGCGCACCAUUUUUCGAAAUACUGAAAAGAUCUCUUCGCAGUCAUGAAAGUCCUUCUACUUGCUGCAGUGGUCGCCCUGAUUCACGGCAGUUAUGCCACUUUGCUCAUUAAAGGGCCAACCCAGCCGGUUCUGGAAGGAGAGGAAUUAACUCUGGAGUGUCUAUACUCAGACUCUGAGCUCAACAUCAGCCAGGUCCAUUUCGAGGUCUUCUCCAAGCACAUGCAGAGCUGGCGUACAGUUUGGGAGCGAUCUUGGGAGCAAUCUUGGUGCUUUUUUGGAUUCCGCUCAAUGAAAGUUUUGCGGACUGAAGAACGUCUCCUGAUGUACAUCUCCCGUGCAGGAAGUUUCAGUGAGGGACCCUACCGCUGUGUGUCCAACAAUGAAAAUGUGACUGCCCCAGACAACUCCUCCCAGCCGCUGGCCGUCAAAGUUCAUUAUAUGGGGGAGCUGUCACUGUCCAGGGAAGGCUACACCAGCUACCUGGGUGUCCCACAGGAGCUGAAGGUGCGACUCGGGGAUGAUGUGGUGGUGAAGUGCUCUGCCAGCUCAUCAGAGGAGCCAAUUUACUCCUGGAAUAAAGACGGUAACGACUGGAUCCUGCCUUCUUCUACACUGACGCUGAGGAAGAUGACAGCGAUGGAUGAAGGACAGUACACUUGCAUUGCCGUGCAUCCCUCUGUUGAGUCACUAAGCAAGAAACGCAGCUUCAGCAUCACCGUGCUGUCGGAGGAUGCCGCCUGGUACGAGUCUAGUAAUGGCCGUCUCAUCUUGAUGACCUCGGCGGCGGGUGUCUCUCUCUUUGUGUUCAUCCUCUCCGUGAGUGUGUUCCUGUGCCGCAGGGCUAAGCAGACCAAGACCAGCAAGGGACCCAUUGAUGACCGAUCUCAGAAAAAGCCCAUCUACAAAGCCAGUGUGGAGUCCCUGCCCUCCACCUGCGCAGACAAACAACCUCUGGUUUGACUGCCCAGGUAGGUGGAAGGAUGAAGAGUAGGGAGGAAGAUGGAGCGAAAGAUGAAGACGAUGGAGUGGAUAGCCAGAAAAUGAGUGAUGGCAUAGAGGUGAUACUUAAAGAGGGAGGUGGUGGUAUAGGUUAUGGAUGGUCACAUUGAGGGAGGAGAGAGGGAGGAAGGGAGGUAAGAGGGGCAUUUGGAGACUGUAGGGAAGGGAGAUCAAAAUCAGAAACAAGCUGGGUGUGAAAAAACUGAAGGGCAAAUGAUCGCUUUAGAGACACAGAGGCUGCUCUGCUUGUGGGUGUAGGCUUCUGUUAUUCAAAAAGGUGGGCAAUUUUCUCUUCAUUUAUUCUGCAGUGUGAAAAAUGGUGAGCUACAUUCUACGAAACGAUGGGAAAUUAGUCAGUUGUUCUGUAAGAGCUGUAAAGACUCCACAUUCAAUUCUCUCUCUUUUACAAACAUAAUUACUCAGCUGCGUGUUAUAUACAUAUUACAUAUUAUAUUAUGAAUGAGCCAUUUAGGCCAAGGUUUUACUUUCCGGAUUUCUUUCCCUUUUCAGCCUCAGAAAGAAGGUUGUUAUAAUCUCUUUAUCUCGACAGCUCCUAAAGCAUGUUGCACUCUUACUAUGUAAUUCACUGUCCUUUUGAUUUCUUUGACAUUAAAUGGAUUUCAGAAAAUAAUA